AUGCUUACUCGUAAAAUGCCUAGUGCGUUAGUAUAUGGAGGUUCUGGUGCUCUUGGUCGAGCCAUCGUCUCUCAUUUUCGAAAUGCUGAUUGGAAUGUCGUCUCUCUGGACUUUUCCAACAAUCCUGAUGCCAGCUCCAAUAUUGUCCUGGAACAAAGCCCAGCAGGAACCAGCUUAGCUGAAAUUGGAAACGGCAUCAGUGAUCGUGUUGCCAAUGCCCUUGGAUCUGACCAAAAGCUAGAUGCUAUUCUUACAGUGGCUGGAGGUUGGGCCGGAGGAAACUUGGUUGAUAAGGACUUGCUUGCCAAUACAGAACUUAUGAUCACUCAAAGUAUCUACUCGUCAGUCAUCUCAGCCAAGCUGGCUGCUACUUAUCUUAAAGAAGGUGGGCUUUUGACACUCACGGGUGCCAGUGCUGCUACUCAUGGGACUCCAGGCAUGAUUGGCUAUGGCUUGGCCAAGGCAGCUGUUCAUCAACUGGUCAAAUCUGCUGCUGGUCCCAACAGCGGACUUCCAGCCGGAGCCAAAGUGGUCGCGAUUCUUCCAAUCACAAUGGAUACUCCAAUGAAUCGCAAGUUUAUGGCCGACGCUGAUAAAUCUACUUGGACCCCGCUCAGUGAAAUAACAAGCAAAAUGAUGCUAUGGGCAAGUGGGAAGGAAUCCGUAGAAAGUGGAAGCCUCUUUCGACUUGCUACGGUUGACUACAAAACAGAGUUUCAACCUGUCAUUUGAGUUUGUUCUUUGAUUCUCAAAACCCAGAAAGUGCUCAAUGUUUGCUUAGUGCUGGAAUGGGUAGUUUGAAAUUUGGUCAUGAUGCCAGCUUAAUAUCUACAUCGAGUCUCUCGGAUCUUGAUACAUUUGCACGUUCAAAUUCUGUCAGAUGAUGUUUCUGAUCGUAAUAA